AUGACUGCUGUGGCAUCACCACCUAGUGUGCAAUCGGGGCCUCGCUUGGGAUGGUACGACUCUAACAACGGAGGACAAGGUGCCCUGUCUUCGAUGAACGCGGACGAAGUCUCUCGAAUGUUUAUGCCACGGAAGACCGUUCAGCGAUCGAAUUCCUCCUCUUCUUUGGGAUCGAAUUCCUCUACGUCUACAGUCACCACAAAUAACCAGAGUACUAAUGCCGGACAAUCGACGAACCCUGAAUCUGCUACCUGGUCGUCGAAAAAGAAACCAUCGAGGAACAUUUGGCCCAACUCCAAAUCAGAACCAGUCUCUGGUGUGAGUAACGCGCGUCCUCAGGUGAUGCCGGCCUUCUCUUCGGGGCCUGUCGCCGCCUCUACUAUGUCUGCGAUGCAACAGCCUUCUAUUGUUCCGUCUCAGCAUAUGCUUCAGUCUUCUCAGCAAAAUGGCGUCCGCGCUGGGAGCGCGCCAUCUGGAGAGCCCCCCGCAAUCCUAACGCUGCUGCCCAUGAACGGCACUUUUGAAAAGAAACAGAUCAACGUCCCUUAUUUCCCCGAAGUUCUGCGAAUCGGCCGCCAAACGAAUGCGAAGACCGUGCCUACCCCUGUCAACGGAUAUUUUGACUCGAAGGUUCUUUCUCGGCAGCAUGCCGAAAUAUGGGCCGAUAAAUCCGGGAAAAUCUGGAUCAGAGAUGUGAAGUCGUCGAACGGCACCUUUGUUAAUACUCAGCGACUGUCUCCGGAGAACCGCGAGUCAGAGCCCCACGAGCUCCGCGAAAAUGAUUCGCUCGAGCUGGGUAUCGAUAUCGUCAGUGAAGACCAGAAAACUAUCGUUCACCACAAAGUCUCCGCCAAAGUGGAGCAUGCCGGGGUUUACGGCACGAUACCGAACAUCCUUGAUCUCACGCUUGGUGACUUAGAUCCUGCGUCUGGGGGUGGACUUCUCCCCUCUCCCCUGAGCCAGCCACUAUCACAUCUCCGAGGUCGCUCGGGGAGUACUAUGAGCAACCGGAGUGCGCAGAGUGCCGCUAGUAGUCAGUUCAAUGCGCUGCAACAGCAGCGCCAGAUGAACUACUGGAACUCUCCGAUAUCUAUUGAACAAAGCGAGAUGAAACAAGCCAAACAACAAUCCCAGGAACUUCGCCAAACCGACGAAUUCUUGACUACAAUCAUGAAGCCCGGUCACAUCGAAAAAGAGAAACCCAAACCUUCGCCUGAGAGCACCUCUUCUCGACAGGUCAACGGAAGGCCAAAAAUGCCUCGUGUCGACUCCUUUUCACGAUUCUCCGAUCCUCCGGCGCCCCCACCUCAACAGCCGCUACCCGAGAAGCCUGAUGCGCUGCCGCGAAAUGGCACCGAUUCUCUGUCACCCCUCAAGCGAAUGGAGACCGAGAAGCCCAAGUUGGGAGCUGGAAACUCGCCCGUUUCGCGCGACUCGAGUCAGAUUAUAUCUCUCAUCGAAACCCUUGCGUCUACUAGAAAAGAGCUUGAUAGCCAAGGUACUCGUGUCAAAGAACUCGAGGCGCUGCUGCUCCAGGAGCGCAGUGCUCGGGAAUCUGCAGAAGAGAGGGCGCGGAACUUGGAGAUUCAAGGAAAGGGGGGUCAAGAAUCUGAUCGCGCGGCAUCGUCUGAUGAUCAGCCCGAUGGCACCCCACAUGACUUGACGGACAAGCAAGGUUCCGGAGAGCCUGAAGUCGAUCAGACGUCAACCGCACCGAGUCCACAGGAACCCGUGGAGGGCGAAGGCUUGGCUGAUGAUCAGGCGACCAAAUUGCAAUAUCGCCUCGAGGCGAUGAUGGCUGAGAUGGAGGAGAUGAGAAAGCAAGUCUCCAUGUUCAAAGAUCGUGCGGAUAAAGCGGAGAUCGAGACGGUUGAAACGCGCAAGUCCUUGGGCGAAAUGAUCGAGACGCUCCGACGAGAACACGCAGAGUCCGCAGCUGGCAACAAGCCUGUGGCUCAGCAAGAAGAUCCUACCGAUACUGUUGAGGCUUCGCCCAUCAGGGAAGAUGCGAAUGGCCAUGAAGCAAAGGACUCCGAUCCACAACCGGAGGAUUCCGUGCCUUUGUCCCCAAAGAAGGAUAUUGAAUCUCCUCCAAAUUUUGCCCCACAAAUGCAUCGGCAUGAUGUCCUCGUACAGUCAAGUCCGUACGCGUCGAUGCUUGGAGUGGUGCUAUUCGGGGUAGGCCUAAUGGCCUACCUGAAUGGGUGGCAAAAGAUGGACAAAUGA